GUCUGUCGGUGGGGGUUCGACCAUAUUCGAAGACAGCUCUUAUCAAGUGGGAGCGUGACACAUCGUCGUAAUCGGCAUCCAGCAACUUUCGAUCCGCUUUCACUUGGGCACGAUCUUGCCCACCAAUCGACUGAGUUUGAAACGCCUGGAGCUAGUUCGACGAGUGCAGCGGAUUCGUCGUUAUGCGGGCCGACUUUCUUCUUCCACCGUUGCUGGGUGUAAUUGCCUUGCUUUCUUGGCCUGUCUCGGUCGCAUCCUCUCUUUCCUAUUGCUCUUCGACAAACACGGGGUCUUCUCAAGCCGCUAAUGAGAGUACCUACCAAUCCAACGGUCUGUGCGAAGACCAUUGUAGCGACUAUGCAUUCGGAAUCCUGCAAGGAUACGACUGCUGGUGCUCGAACAUUGUUCCCAAUUCAGCGACCAAUGUGAACACUACGGAAUGCAGUCAGGACUGCCCCGGCUAUCCCGAUGAUCGCUGUGGGAGUACCUCAAAGGGCCUUUACGGCUAUGUCGAAAUCGUCGGUCAUCAGCCGUCAGGAACAGCGACCGUAUCAUCGACAUCAACAUCAACAUCUUCAACCUCUACAUCCUCCUCGACAUCCGAAACUACGACUGCUGCGACGACGACGACCGGACCAACAGUUGCGGUCACAACGGACUCCGGAGUGGUGAAGACGGUCACAGUUCCCGGCGGCUCCACCAAGGCCACUUCCACGUCUGCGGCCGACAAUGUUUCAUCCGAAAAGAGCACAGGUGGUAGCUCGGGUAUGAGUUCGGGAACAAUCGCUGGUGUUGUGGUAGGCUCCGUUGGUGGCGCCCUCGCCAUCCUGGCUCUGAUAUUCGUGUUGUUCUUCGCGAAACGCAAAUCGCGCUCGAACAGCCCAGAUCCAAGUGUACAGUCCAUCCUGCUGGAUGGAAGACAAAGCAAAGGCUCACAGAUGAGUUUUAUGAAGGGCAUGUUUUCCGACAACCAUAGUCAUACCUUGUCUGCUGGAUCCGCCGCCAGCCGGAUGCCGACGUUUACGGACAACCGCAUGAAAACCGAUACCGUCCUCUAUCAAAAUGGCCGCCGAGACAGCGAUGUAUCGCUUCAAGACAACGAGGAUUAUUCUCGGCCUGUCUUGCGGCUCACAAACCCCGAUUAAGGGGCAAAAACCAAUCUCUUCGCAUUUUGCAUUUGCAUCUCCUCGCAUUUUGCAUUUGCAUCUCCUCGCAUUUUGCAUUUGCAUCUCCUAUGUCUUCUCGAUUUGCGUGUUUCGGCGAAAACAGCGGUGUUAUGAUACCCAUUUGUCACAUAAUCCUUGACUUCAUUUUCAUUCGACUACAGGAGAGACGAUGGCCUCGACAGCCCCACCCCGCCCACCCCCACCGCCGGUGUCUCGACCCUGGCAAUGUC